UCUCAUCCAGUGCGAUCGAAACCCUCCCUCGUCGUCGUCUCGCCGCUUCCGAUCCGAUCCGAUCGCCUCUCGAAGCCACAUUCUUCUUCUUCUUCCGGUGUCUGAUCACAAACUCUCGUUCUUCCCUCUGUUGAUUUAUUCCUUUUUUUUUCUUGUUUUCAAUCGCUAUUUGUUAAGGCGGCGCCAUGGAUCGUGAUCAGAAGAGCACGGAUUGUGAUGAAGAACUCACAGUGGAUAGGCAGGAUUGCAGUUCCUCAGACAACCACUCCUCCUCUUCCUCUUCCUCUUCCUCCGACUCGAAAUCCCAGGACCUGGUCUCGGACGGCGACGGCGAGUCGUCGGACCAUGAGUUGCCCGGUUAUGAUCCGUUCAACUUCAAUGGCGUGGAUGAGUAUGUCUUGAUGCGGAGGAUGCACAAGGUCGUCCUUGCCCUCGCCGCUGAUGGAUCGGAGGAAUCCGCGCAACUGGCCACCCUGUCCGAGCUUUGCGAGGUUCUCUCCGCCAUGGAGUACGCCACGCAGGGCUACCGCUUGAAGGCGCUCGUGCAGCCUCUAGUGAAUCUUGCUUCCAAGGAUGGCAACCCCAAGAUCCUGCUUCAGGCUGUAAGAGCGCUAACUUAUCUCUGCGACGUGAGGCCGUCGAUAGCCGAAGAAAUCGUGCGGCAUGGCGCAAUUCCUGUCCUCUGUGGAAAGCUUUUAGCUAUCGAAUACUUGGACGUUGCUGAGCAGUGUCUCGAAGCAUUGGAGAAGCUUUCGAAGGAACAACCUGUUGCAUGUUUACAAGCGGGAACUGUUAAUGCGGUCUUAACUUAUAUCGAUUUCCUUCCAUCUAAUAUUCAGCAAGUUGCGGUUACAACAAUAACUAAUAUAUGCAAGAAACUUCCGCCUGAUUGCUCAUCAAUUAUAAUGGAAGCAGUCCCUAAGUUAUGCAGUCUUCUCCAGUAUGAGAACGUGAAGCUGGUUGAAACUGUUUCUUUGUGUCUGGAAUGGAUAGUUUUCUCUGUUCGCCAUUCCCCUAACUUUAUGGAUGAACUGUUCAAACAUGGGGUGCUACAGAAGUCCUUGGAAUUGUUAGCUAAUGAUAAUCACAAGUCACUUAGCAGCUCGACCUUUUCCGGUUUAAUGGGUGUUCUUACCAGACUCGCUUUUUCUUCUAAGCUAGCUGUUAGGACCCUAUUUGAGCUUAGUAUCAGCAAAACUUUGAGCAGCAUCUUAAUCGGUUCUGACGUGUCAGAUAACUCUGCGGUUGUUUCUACUGAAGAUGUGCAAAAUAGUCAGGUAUUUAAAGCAUUAAAGUUAGCUAACCUGCUAAUUCCUCCAAGAGAGGGAAAUGUUCCAAACAAUCAAAACAUGCAAGCUGAGGAGAAGAUUUUAAUGGAUGAAUCCAAUUUCUUGUUUAAAUUCUCUUUGGAAUUUCUUCCAGCUUCCAUCCAGGUUGUGAACAAUGGUGCAAAUGAUUGUGUAUGCUAUGCCUGUCUUUCCAUCAUAAAACGUAUUGCCCGUUAUAGCACGCCUGAUAUGCUUUUGGAAUCAAUCAAAGAUAUAAAUAUCUCAAGUUUUUUGGCAGGGCUGUUGGCCAGAAAAGAUAUACAUCUACUAACUUCUACAAUGGAGAUUGUUGAGAUUCUGAUGCAAAAACUUCCCGGUGUUUUCUUAAGCUCUUUUGUCAAGGAAGGAGUAUUUUAUGCUAUCAACAUGCUUUUAAUGCAAGAAGAAUCCACAGCAUCUGCACAACACUCAGAUGACAAAAUACAUGCCAGAGAUGUUUCCAGAUGCCUGUGCUAUGUGUUUUUUUCAUCUAGCAUUUACCCUUAUGAAGUAAGACCGUGCAUGCUGAAAGAGGAUGCUGUUCAAAAUUUGGUAAAGCACAUAAAAAAUUGCUACCAUUUGGCCAAUGGAGUAGCCAACUCUGACAUGUCAUGUACUAAAACUCUUCAACAUCUCAAGACUUUGUGCAGUGCGCUAAGUGAUAGUGGGGACAAACAAUUAAAUGAUGUUGGUGACCUUCAAUAUUCGACUCAAAUAUUAGAUGAAGUGAUGAGAGAAAUUUCUCAGGGAGAGCCUUUGUCAACUUUUGAGUUUGUUGAGAGUGGUAUUGCUAGAUCUCUGGCUCAUUAUUUAUGCAAUGACAAGUAUCUGCUUGGAAUUCAUGAUAUUGGCUUAUCAGAUCACAUUCUAACUGUGCUGAAGAAAUUCCAAAUAUUUGCUUCAAUUUGCUUGUCAAAGCCUAGUCAAAGUUGCAUGGAAACUAUUUUGCUUUUCUUAGUGAAGAAGCUGCUGAAUGCAUUGUCUUCGUUGGAUAGCUUUCCUGUUCUUAAAAGCCAAAUGUUUAAGCCAAGAGACAGUUACACAGAUAUCCCUCGUACACGAUUCACUAAGAACCCUUGUCUAAAAGUUCGCUUUGUGCGUGAUAAAGAAGAGUCAAAUUUAAUGGACUUUGAUAAGAUUCUAAGUGUUGAUAUUUCUUGUUCCUUAGUAGAAGUUGUAGAAGCAUAUCUCUGGCCUAAAGUUAGCAACCAGCAUAUACUUCCGACAGUGACAGUGGAUAACCAUAUCAGCAAACCAGACUUCACAGCUUCAAGGUUACAGAAUGCCUCAGAAAGGAGUCGUAUAGAAACACACAAUAACAUCUCAUAUGGGACAAGUGUUUCAAAUUCAUCAGAGGUAAUUAGAAGUGAAGAGGGACAACUUUUACCCGCAGAGAUUAGCAAAAAAUUGUCAUCUGACACGGAUAUUGCUCAAGGAAGAAUGACAAUAGUAUCUCCAAGUGUUGCAAACACAAAGCCAAGAUUAUCUUUUAGCUUGAGAGGAAAACAACUUGACCGCUCUAACACCCUUUAUCAAGCAGUUCUAGAGGAUCAAAUAUCUUCAAAAGUUGUCACAAUAGUGGGGUCAAAAUUCUGGGAUCAAGUUUACGUAUUUACCUAUAAAAUAGCUGAAGAAGAAAAAACAGACAAAAACCACAAGCUUGAUUCGGUUUCUAAGUCAAAUUUCUUCUUGAAUAAGCUUGGGUUCUCAUGGCAGAAACUUCCCUUUUUCCCUACCAAAUUACAAGCUGAGUUUCCUUCUAACAUUGAUAGAGCGAAUUCCUCAUAUGAUUUUUUAUUUAUGUGGAAAAUAUUGGAGGGCUUGAACCGCUUUUCAUUGGAAUUGUUGACUGAUGAAAGAAUUGGUGCAUUUGCUGAGGGGAGAAUAGAUAACUUUGAUGAUUUGAAGUUGAUAGCUUCUUCAGUUCCAGAAGUUGAGUUUGUGAGUAGCAAGCUAACUGAUAAGUUGGAGCAGCAAAUGAGAGACAAUCUGGUAUUACAAACUGGUUGUUUUCCAUCAUGGUGUAGCCAGUUAAUGAAUGCAUGCCCUUUCUUAUUUUCUUUUGAGGCAAGAUUGAAGUACUUCUACCUCACAGCAUUUGGUUCUUUAAGAAAUCAGCGCAGCAACAUGCUACAUUCAGGUAGCAGCUGCUCAAACUCCUCCAGCGAAUGGCACUCUUAUUCAAGUUCUCCCCCACGCAAGAAGUUUAAAGUUGACCGGAACAGCAUCCUUGAAUGUGCUGCAAAAAUGAUGAAAUUACAUGCUCAAAGUAAGGGCUCUCUUGAAGUAGAAUAUGAAGAGGAAGUUGGUACUGGUCUAGGUCCUACAAUGGAGUUCUACACACUAAUAAGUCGAGAAUUUCAAAAGGCUGGAUUGGGUAUGUGGAGAGAGGAUCACUGUUCCUGUAAAAGUAGCACUCGUGGUGAUUCUUCAUUUUUGUUUGCUCCAUGUGGACUGUUUCCUCGUCCAUGGUCAAGAACAAGGUCAGAUCCUUUUGAAUUCUCAGAUGUGAAGGAAAAGUUCCUCCUCCUCGGCAUGCUGGUAGCCAGGGCAAUUAAAGAUGGGAGGAUGUUGGAUAUACCACUUUCGAGAGCCUUCUAUAAGAUUAUGCUCGAGCAGGAGCUUAAUAUAUGUGAUAUCCAGUCAUUUGACCCAGAACUCGGAAGGAUUUUACUGGAGUUUCGAGCUCUUGCCAAUAGGAAAAAGUUUGUUGAAUCAGUUUCUGGAGAAAGUAACACGGUUCCAUCAAAGUUAUAUUACAGGAACAUGAGCGUAGAGGAUCUCUCUCUUGAUUUCACUCUUCCAGGCUACCCCUAUUAUGAACUUGCAUCAGAGAGUGUAAAGAUGGUGAAUAUUGACAACUUGGAAGAAUAUGUUGCGCUGGUGGUAGAUGCAACAAUUGGCAGUGGAGUUGCGAGACAAAUUAAUGCCUUCAAGUGUGGAUUUAAUGAGGUAUUUCCUCUGAAAUAUCUUCAGAUGUUCACUGAAGAUGAUUUGGAGGGGCUACUUUGUGGAGAACAGGACGCUUGGAAAUUAUCAGAGCUUGUGGAUCACAUUAAGUUUGACCAUGGGUAUAAUGCAAGUAGCCCUACGGCCAUCGAUUUGUUAGAUAUCAUUCAAGAAUUUGAUUAUGAUCAGCGCAGAGCUUUCUUGCAAUUCGUAACUGGAGCUCCUCGUCUCGCCCACGGAGGCUUGGCUGCCCUUAACCCAAAACUAACGGUAGUUCGGAAGCACUCUGAUUUUGGAGCUGAUCUGGGCUUGCCCAGUGUCAUGACUUGUGCUAAUUAUCUAAAGCUCCCCCAAUACUCAUCCAAGGACAUAAUGAGAGAGAGAUUGUUAUACGCGAUAUCCGAAGGUCAGGGAUCGUUUCACCUCUCGUAGCUGAUCAGCUGCAAAAAGAGAAUUUUUAGUUCAUUCUAUGAAUACGACUCAAAAUCAGAAGUUUGGUGAUGCUGUACAUAUAUAGGGCGGGCAGAUUGUACAUUAGCUGCAAGAGGAAGCCAUAUCAGGCACACAAUUAGUUGUGCAUAGUUCAGUCUUAGUUAGGCCGUGUAGGUUUUAGCAAAGGAAUUGUAAAUGAAUUAUUAGUCUCAAUAAGUCAUGUUCAUUUCCUACAAAGCAAGCACAGGAAUUGUAAACAAGGAGUAGUUAAGCUCAAUUACUCAUUUAUUCCUAAAGUGCAAGCACAUCAAUGCAGAUAAGGACCUACCAAACUCACUAAAAAGUCAUGUUUAUUCGUGCAAGUACAUGGAACCCUGUUAUUUUUGUUGGAACGUUUUGAAGUUCUA